UUUAAUAAGUGUCGAUUGCCAUCUGACAUGUACGUCAAGUAUUUUUAUGGUAGCUUAGAUUCUUGAAUUGCUCAUAUUAAGUGUGCAUCCAAUGUUAGACAAUAAUGAAUUAAAUAAAAGUUCAAUAAAUUCUGAAUUUAUAAAAAACGACCCUUUGUUAACCAAAAGUGAUUUAAAAAAUAUGAAUGAACCAAUAAAUAGCUCUAAUGGAGAUGAAUUAAAUAACUAUGUUUUAUCAUCUGCAUCUUCUCUAGCUGGUUUUAAUAAUGAUAUAGAUAAAGAUGAGUAUCUUAUGGUUCCAUCCAUAAAUUUUCCACCUACAUACUCUCAUAGCACUCAUAGAUUAGAUGAAAAAUCUGAAGAUCAUUACAAUAAUGAUAAUGAAGAGGACAAUAAAUAUUGUACUAUUAUUUAUCCUCAGUCAUAUUAUAUAUAUCAUAACAGAAAUAAUAAUUUUGGGUAUGCACCUAAUAUUCUGCAAAAUAGAACAUCUGAAACUGAUUUAGAAGCUGCAUUUGACUCUAAAAAGCCUGUUAUAUUGAUUUAUGAUAAGCCUCUAGGUGAUUACACUGCAAGAUGGAUAACAUUUGGUAACUUCAUACAUAAAAUGGCUGUUAUAUCAGGAUUAUCUUCCUUGAUUAUUCAACCAUUUUUACUCAAAAAAAUUUACCCAAGACUUAAAAAUAAAAUUUUAAGUACCUCAAUUCCAAUUUUGAUGAGUCAAAUUAACAUAGAUUCUAAAGAUAAAGGUAUAUUUACUAUAAUGUCUUUAUCAACUGCUGGUGUUUCACUAAUAUUCACAUUAGUUUAUACUUUGUUUUGGAGUUGGGAUCCCUGUUGUAAAUAUCAGAUUCUCAGAUCACUAGACAAUGUUUCCAUACCCGUAAAACAGGCUAUUAUUCACCAUUUUAUGGAUAGUUAUUUUGGGGAUUCCGAUUUUGUAGUAGGCAAAGGUAUAUAUAAUCAGGGACAUACUGGUGAUACACAUAACAUAAUGAACAAAGAUCCUUUAAAAUUUAUUUAUAGCAAAAAUUUUGACCAAAAUAUAAAAAGUCAAGUUAAUAUUGCAAAAUCUGGUCAGGAGGAGGAUUUUAGACCUGUUGUACUAAUUUACAAGGAUGACAUUAGAAGGAAAUAUUUACAUUGUGCAUUAAGUAUUCUCUCUCUCAGCUUUAAUAUAUUCUAUUUUAUAUGAUUACAUUUUAAUUAAAUAUAUUAUUUAUGUAUAAUAAGCACCAUUAUAUUUUUGUUUAAGAUUUGUUCAAAAAUAUUGGUUGAUAAAAUUGAACAUGAAUAAUUAACAUAACAUGGUAUUUAGUGGAGUACAGAUGCAUUAAAAACAAUCUUUUUUUAUAAUAUGCAUCUUGUCAAAUUUCUAUGUGAUAUAAUCACAUUGUUUAAAAUUUGCUCAUAUUAAUAUUUUUAAUACUUAUGCAAAAUUAAUAUUACAUGUUUUUUUGGCAGAUUCCAUAUAGAAUACUAUACAAUAAAUUAUUUUUUAAUUAAAAAUGUGUAAUAUUUUUGAUAACUUUUGUCCAUAAUAGAUUUUUAUAUAAAAAUGAUGAUUAUUUCUUUAAAUAUUGAUGACAAAAUCAAAAAUAGAUACAAAUUUUUACAAUUGUUUAUCUUUUUUAUAAUAUUUUCCAUUUUAACGAGUUGUUAAAAUAUAUUAAUUUGUUUUUAUGCUAAUUUAUAAACUAUAUAUUAUAAUGGCCUUAAUAUCAACCAACAGAACAAAAUAUGUGGGGAAAAAUUACUUAUUUUUAAUUAUAUAAAUACAAAAUCGAUUUUAAUGUUUGCAUUAUAAAAAAAUUUUUUAAAUCACCUCUCAAUAAACAUAAAAUGA